AACAUGGCGACGGACUGGAGCGGACCGGGGCUCACGUUAACUUUACUCGUGUUUUCGUGUGUUUUCUCGGGCAGCGAGGCCGCGGCGGUGACUCCGGAGCCCAGAGGGGUCACCCGGAUCCUCGGCUGGCGGCUGGAGAGCAGCGACAAGCCGGCCGGGACCACGAAGGACGGGGACAUCCAGGUGACGGAGGGCAGCGACAUCCGCUUCAGGUUCUACGGGCUCCACUUGUUCCCCAACAGCUCGGCGCUCAUCAGGUUCAUGGAGCUCGGGUCCAGCGAGACCGAGGAGGAGAUCCCCGGAGCUAACACGCCCGCCCUCAAUAGGACUUGUCCCGAGCACACGAAGGAUAUAGUCGUGAAGGGGGCCAUGAAGUUCUUCAACCAGAGCAGCUCCGGGGUGGUCAGCGUCCAGAUCAAGCAGCUCCGCAAGAGCGAGAUGGUGAAGCUGUUCGCGUUGUGUGUCCGCGAGCCGCAGGGGGAGGACUGGUUCCUGCUGGACGAGCGGGACGGGAGGCUGCGGGUGGUGGAGGUGAAGAAGUCCCUGCUGCCCAUCUGGCUGCAGGUCAUCAUCAUCGCCUUCCUGCUGGUGCUGUCCGGCAUGUUCAGCGGGCUCAACCUGGGCCUGAUGGCGCUGGACCCGAUGGAGCUCCGCAUCGUGCAGAGCUGCGGAACCGAGAAGGAGAAGAAGUACGCGAGGAAGAUCGAGCCCAUCCGCCGGAAGGGCAACUACCUGCUGUGCUCACUCCUGCUGGGGAACGUGCUGGUCAACACCACCCUCACCAUCCUCCUGGACGACCUCACCAACUCCGGGUUCGGCGCCGUCAUCGCCUCCACCGUGGGCAUCGUGAUCUUCGGGGAGAUCGUCCCCCAGGCGCUGUGCUCCCGGCACGGCCUGGCGGUCGGGGCCAACACCAUCAUGGUCACCAAGCUGUUCAUGCUCCUCACUUUCCCGCUGUCGUGGCCCAUCAGCAAGCUCCUGGACUGCAUCCUCGGCCAGGAGAUCGGCACCGUGUACAACCGUGAGAAGCUGGUGGGGAUGCUGAAGGUCACCGAGCCCUACAACGACCUGGUGAAGGAGGAGCUCAACAUGAUCCAGGGUGCCUUGGAGCUCCGGACCAAGACGGUGGAGGACGUCAUGACCCCGAUCAGCAACUGCUUCAUGAUCCACAGCGACACCGUGCUGGACUUCAACACCAUGUCCGAGAUCAUGGAGAGCGGCUACACGAGGAUCCCCGUGUUCGAGGACGAGCGCUCCAACAUCAUGGACGUCCUUCACAUCAAGGACCUGGCCUUCGUGGACCCGGACGACUGCACCACCCUGAGGACCAUCACCAAGUUCUACAAGCACCCGGUCCACUUUGUCUUCCACGACACCAAGCUGGACUCCAUGCUGGAGGAGUUCAAGAAAGGAAAAUCCCACCUGGCCAUUGUGCAGAAGGUGAAUAACGAGGGGGAGGGAGAUCCCUUCUACGAAGUGUGCGGCCUGGUCACCCUGGAGGACGUGAUCGAGGAGAUCAUCAAAUCAGAGAUUCUGGACGAGUCGGACCUUUACACUGAUAACCGCACCAGGAAAAAGGUGGCGCCCAAUAAGAAUAAGCGAGACUUCUCUGCCUUCAAGAACGAGAAUGAGUCGAAUGUGAAGAUCUCUCCUCAGCUGCUGCUCGCUGCUCAUCGCUUCCUGGCUACAGAGGUGACCCUGUUCAGCCCGUCGCAGAUCUCCGACAAGGUGCUGCUGCGAAUGCUGCGGCACCCCGAGGUGAUCCAGGAGAUCAAGUUUAACGAAAGCGACAAGCGCUCGCUCAAUCACUACGUCUACCAGAGGGGCAAACCCGUGGACUACUUCGUCCUCAUCCUGCAGGGCCGAGUGGAAGUGGAGGCUGGUACCGAGAACAUGAAGUUUGAGACCGGACCUUUCUCUUUCUACGGCGUGAUGGCGCUCAGUGCUCCAACACUAGAGUUCCGUUCUCCGUCUCACAUCAGCGGGUUGAACCGGACGGCGUCUCUGAGCGGAGCGGACCGGACCGAGUCGCUCUCCGUCAGCGGCAGCAACAGCCAGCUCAACAACAGCUUCACCUCGCAGCAGUACACCCCCGACUUCUACGUGCGAGCCCUCAGCGACCUGCAGUUUGUUAAGAUCACACGGGCUCAGUACCAGAACGGCCUGAUGGCGUCCCGUCUGGACAGCACGCCUCAGUCCCCGGAGAGCGGCCACAACGCGGUUUGCCUGGAUCAGACCACCCCCCCCGCCAGCGCCAACGCCACCGCCGUCACGUACCUGGCCUCUGACUCCGUGGCAUCGGAGAACGGGCCGGACGAGACCACGCUCCUCCUCCUCAACGAGCAGAACUCACCGCACACAGCCAACCACAACAGCCAGCUGGAACACAACAUUUGACCCCCCCCCCUGCCCCCACGUUUGCAAGCAUGCACUGCUACGCUCGGAUAAAUGCUGAGGAGGAGAGGAGUGUGUGUGUUGGUGUGUGUGUGAGAAUGGGAAUGCAGACAAAUGCCAGGGCCAGGCCCGGAGAAACAAGCCAUGUGCACGCAUAUCGUUGAAUAUGCAAGAAUUGAACACUACAGACAUGCACGCAGACAAACCAAAAUGCACCAUGGGAACUCUCCUUGUACACUUUUCACAUAAAGAGACUCGCCAAACCACAGAACUCAUCUAGUUCACCGAAAUCAAAAGGAUAUCUGCAUCUGUGCACGUGUGUGUGUGUGUGUGUGUGUGUGUGUGUGUGUGUGUG